AAAUCAAAGGAAGAAGAAUCAAAAACGGCAGAGCCUGAACACCAUUCAUUAUCUUCCGAGGGGCCUGUACCGAACGAUGAGUUGAUUGAGGUUCCAGGACCCCAGAUAAUUCAACCAGUUCUGGUCGGAGUGAAGCCAUCCUCACCUAUUCAGUCGGAUCCAGAAGGAACGAAGCCGGUGGCUGUGCAGCACGGUGCAUCAGAUGUCAGAAGUGGUGAAUCAUCAGUACAAAAACAAUUGACUCCGCAUGUACCACUGAUCUCAUUGGAUCAACAUGAUAUUGAAGAUUUGCCACCGGACGCAUUUGAUAUCACCUUUCCGCCAUUUGUCACCGUUGUACCACAACUGUUCACAAUGGUCGAGGUCAAUGGAAGCGAGGUGCAAGAGACUGGUGGUGCCACGGAAGUGGCCAGACCAGCAGGAGUCGAGGAAACUGAGAUCAGGACUACUGAACCAACUGCCUUGUUCACGAGUGUGAAAGAUGGUCCAGACUCGACUCCAGCAUCAAAAGUGACACCAUCUUCAUCGCAGAGACAUCCCAUCGAGGAUAUUGGUGAAGUUGAAAAAACGAAACCAGUGGAAAUCGACUUUAAUAUUGAUGAACACAUGCAAACUCCUGGCGAAAAGGUCGCUGAUGAGCCUGAAACAUCAACUGUUCAGCAAUCCGUUGAAAUUCAACCAACUCAGGUUUCACUUCACCCUGUGAAUUUACAAAUUUUACGUUGGCCUUUUGGCGUUUUCAUUGUAUUUGACGUAUUUACGCCAAAUUUUUUUAAUGGUCUAUGUCCAGGAUAUAAAAUUUUUGCGAUGUAUGUUUUGUAG